GGAAUUCAGUUGGUUGAUGGAACAUUGUCUAGAUUGGGUAGUUAACCUCUUGGGUGAAGUCAGAACUCUGGAAGUGGAGAACCUCGAAUAUUCUGGUUGAAUUUUAAUUUGUUGGUGUUCGGAGGGAUUUAGGGUAUGAAUUCGUGCCAGAAAACUGCGAUAUUUUUCUGAAUAACAUUAGCAAGUAUCUGUACGAAAUAUUCUAGAAUUACAGCGAAUUUCUGUACAUUACAAUAACACACAUGAAUGACUACACAAUUGAAUAAAUCGAAGGGAGAAAACAUGGGGUUGCCCACAUUGAAUGAUUACCUGAUUCUUGAGAAAAUUGGAACUGGAAGUUAUGCUACUGUUCAUAGGGCAGUUAGAAAGGGAGGUAAUCGCGAAGUUGUCGCGAUCAAAUGUGUAGACAGCACGAUACUUUCCAAAUCAGCGAUUGACAAUCUUCUGACGGAGAUAAAUUUAUUGCAGAUUUUGAAGCACAAUAAUAUCGUGGAAAUGAAAGAUUUUUUCUGGCACGAAGGUCGGAUCUAUAUUGUCAUGGAGUACUGCGACGGCGGUGAUUUAUCAAGUUUUAUUAAAAGAAAAAGCCAGUUACCAGAAACAAUCUGCCGUAAAUUUCUCCAACAGCUCGCCCUAGCUCUGAGGUACUUACGAUCUCACGACGUCUGUCACCUGGACUUGAAGCCACAAAAUUUGUUACUGACCAGGAAACCAGUCUUAACGUUAAAAGUCGGAGAUUUCGGUUUUGCUCAAUAUCUGUCCACCUCGGAAUCGAAAUUCACAAUGUGUGGUUCGCCGCUCUACAUGGCGCCGGAAAUACUUUUGCGUCGUGAGUACGACGCACGCGUAGACCUUUGGAGCGUGGGGGUGAUAAUGUAUGAAUGCCUUUUCGGAAAAGCUCCGUAUUCCAGCAGUAGCUUAGAAGAGUUAGUGGAAAAAAUCAAAAGUUGUAAAACGAUUGAGAUCCCCAAGGGUUGCUCUGUAUCCCCCGAAUGUAAAAACCUGCUCAUGUCUCUGCUAAAACAUGAUCCAAACGAAAGACUGAGUUUUGACGAUUUUUUUGCUCACGAAUUUUUGGAUCUUGCUCAUGCCCCCACCGAGGAGAACCACGAAAAAGCUAUUGCAUUGAUCCAGAGUGCUGUAAAAGCCGACACCGAAGGGGACAUUGAAGAGGCCUUUCAUCUCUACAGCGAAGCCUUGAGAUACUUCAUCCCACAAUUAACCAAUGAAGCUGAUCACGACAGAAGAAAGCAUUUGAGAGUGCGCGUUAAUGAAUACAUUAAUCGAGCCGAAAAGCUCAAGGCCAUGUGCAUGGCUGGCAACUCGGGAAAAUUGGAGAGUAGCGGAAGGAAAGAACUACUUCAGGGCACUUCAUUUGGUUAUCAGGAAUUACGAAUAUUGAGUAAAAGCACAACAGACAUGGCGUCGGCCCUAGAAAUGGGUGAAGUAGGUGAACAAUAUCUCGCGGAAGGGAAUUACGAUUUGGCCCUAGAAAAGCUGAGGGCCUGUCUAGGAAUACUGGUUCCCCUGAUCAAUAAAGAGCCCCCCGGAAGACGGAGAGAGCUUCUCAAUCAACAGAUAGAAAUAUGGCUGACGCAGGCGGAGAGUAUAAAGGGCCUGUUGGCAACGAGAGCAGUGGAUGAUUCUCCAAAAGAAUCCAAACACCUUCAGGAUCAAUGUGUACUUCAGUAACUAGUACCCCAGAUCAAUAAACAAUUGUGAAUACAAA